AUAAGAUAUUGAAUGUCAAACAGUUAUCGGCACGUCAAAUAUUAAAAAUUUUUAAUCGGUGAUGACGAAUGCGAAUAUUUACAAAUCUGAUUAAAGUUAAAUUUACACGAUAUUUUCGUCUCUCAUAAAUGAGACUAAUUGCUUAUAAUUACAUUUUAACUAGUUUUAAUUGGUUUUCACGGUAGUCGAGGCGUCGAUACAUAAGUUUGCGCAAUACAUACAUAUGUAUAUAUUACAUUUUCUCUAUCGUCGUCUACACCGUAUCAUGUUAUCGAUAUCCGUCCUACCCGUGACAUUAUUACGUCUUUAAUGUUCGACGCCAUUAAUACGUUUCGUUCGCCGUUUCUUUGAAAAGCAAACCUUGUUUUACCUUCGUCUGCCCUGCUUAUUUCUCCGUUUUAUUAUCUCUCCGUGUUAAACGCGUUAAGAAAAUUCAAUUUUUCAAUGUUGUCAAGGCAAACUCCACGAAUUGUGACGUAUUCUGAAAGCUUCAUCGCGCUUUCGCGUUUUUUUUGCAAAGAAGCAAAUGCAAAAAUGAUCGUGUCCCCGCAAUUCCUGUCGUUCCGAUGAAAAAAUGCCACGAUGCUGCGGCGCUUCUUUGGUUUCCGCCGCGGAUGGCGAUGGGUCUCCGCAGAGCCUCGGUCUGCGGAUCCAGGACGGAAACCCACGGAAUAAGACGGCUUUAGCACCGGGGCACAGUUUGAUGGAUUGGAUUCGUCUGGGUAAUUCAGGAGUCGAUUUAACCGGAGUCGGUGGUGUACCACGAGUCGUAACAUUAUCCGAACUUGCUAAUCAUAACAAGCAAACCGACGCUUGGAUUGCAAUCCGAGGAGUGGUAUUCAAUGUUACGCGUUAUAUGGACUUCCAUCCGGGUGGAGUGGACGAGUUGAUGAGAGGCGUCGGGAAAGACGCCACGAAGUUAUUUGAAAACGUGCACGCUUGGGUGAAUUAUCAAAGCAUUUUACAAAAAUGCAUCGUGGGUAGAUUAAAUCGCGGUACUUCUUCCACUUCGAGCACUUCCUCCGUUACGGAAAGGUCGAUUACAAGCGCGAAUAACUGUUUAUCUGUAACAUUAGGUCGAAGCAAAUGUGCCACCACGCAAAAGACAGUUGAAAAUUCGCCGGAGUCAUUUAAUGUAAAUAUGGAUUGGCGGCAAACAUCCAAUUCUAUCACACUUUUUUAUCAAGGUGUACGCAACUAUUCGGGAGUAUAUUACCAAUUAGAAAGGUUGAAUGAUUCAAAGAUCAUUUUUAGGCUAAUUCUUGAAAAGCACAUUAUCAUCCACGAGUUCGAUUUAACUGCAGAUGUAGAAUGGCCGCCAAUGUGUAAAAGAGAUUUCGAUACAAUGCAGGUAGAUUUUACGUUCACAAAGAAAAUUAAAAAUAUCUGGAAAUCUCAGGGAAGUCAUACGUUAUUACGAGAAUCAAUCACAAACAAACGCACUUACAAAGAAUACGAAGUACUCAGUAACACAUCCCUUUGCAAACUAGUUAAUUUAUUAGUUUUACGUACCAAAGAUUUUCUAGAACUAAUUCCCGCCGGUAGACACGUAGAAGUCAAAAUGGAUGUAAUGGGUAUGGAAGUAUCAAGGUCAUAUACGCCUGUCCCACCGUGCCUUCAUCCCGAAGAUAUGGCGCCAAAUUACACGCCUGAUUGCAUUUGCUUGAUGAUAAAGCGAUAUUCAAAUGGCGCACUCAGUCCGUCCAUUACCAAAUUACAACCUGGCCAAACUCUUAUAAUGAGCAAUGGUUUAGGUGCCUUUGUAACCGAAUCUUUCGAUCGGUAUCCUGUCAUUCACAUGCUGGCAGGUGGAACGGGUUUAACCGUGAUGUUAGGAAUAAUUCAGCGAGCAUUAGCAAGGCGCAAUGUAAAACUAAUCAAUCUUCUAAAUUUCAAUAAGGAUGAAGACAAUAUGUUUUAUGUGGCACAGCUUGAUAAAGUAUCUACAGAAGAAAAGUUCAAAGUUACACAUAUCCUUUCACAAGCAGGAGAUAAAUGGGAGGGUAGACGUGGUACUGUAUCCGGAAAACUAUUAAAUGAACUGAUAGGCGAGUGUUCACCGGAGGGAUGCGUAUUUACUUGCGGACCAAAAGGAUUUAUAUUAUCUGCGAAAAAAUAUAUUCAGACCCUUGGUUGGAAACCUGAACAAACAUAUUAUUUCGACGACUAAUCGUCUGUGCUGAAAGUAUACGUACUGUAUAUAUAUUCCCUUUCCUUUCAGAAAGUCUAGAGAGCCUAAUAAGAUAUGAAACUUGUACCUGUCGAAUCAUGUUUACUUAAAUAUUAGUACAGAUGUUUUACGACAGCUGCGUGAACUGUCAUUGAUGUGUCUAUCGCCAAGGCAUAUUUUUCUGAAAUUACAAAGAUUUUUAAGCACUUUUACUCCCAUCUCCGCCCAUAACGAUACAUUCUUAGCUGCGAUACAUUGUAAUACUAUCCAUAAAAUAGAUAUUUACAUGUAAUUUUGCAAUAUGAUAACUAGAAAAACUGGAGGCAAACUCACUUCGCGAUUUAGAUAAACACAAGAAAAACAUGUGUCUCACACAAAAUAUAUGAAAAAUCUAUACGGUUCUAUAGAGAACAUCCUAUCAGAAAUGUUUUCAUCUGUUGCAGAGGAAACGUUUCAUUAAAAAGACUAUCUUUUCAUGCAGCCUAGCCUACAUAACGGUCAAAUUGCUAUAUAAUUUUAAUUUUACAUAGUUUAUUAGUCAUGGAGCUAUGUAAUCACGUUGGGUAAUAUUUUCUUUUGUGAGAAUUUCAAGCGCGCGUAGUGAAAUGCACAAUUAAAUAAGAUGGCAAGAAGCGCGUAAAUAAAAGUGAAUAAUUUUAAAUAUUGUUUCUCUUAUUGUAAUAGAAUGUAUAUUUCUUUUAUAGAAAGGAUAUUUUUAAUUAGCGCAUCUUGUCAAACGUCUUGUUUUUAUGUAAAUAAAAUAAGAUGAUAUAAUUGUUCUUUGAGGAAAGAUGGCAUAAAAUGCUGCGCACUUAUACAUAUAAGCGUGUACGCGAUAUUAAUUGAGAAUAAAUGCAUAUAAAUGAUUGAAAAC